UUAUUCAGACCGAUGAUUUCAUUACACGUUAAUAAUUUUGGAAGUUUUGUUUUUGUUAACAUUCGUACUUUCUCCGACAAACUUUUCUAUAUCAGGAACGGCAACUCCCGGCUAUAAGCAUGGCGCGGUUCUUUAGUGAGGCCAAAAUUGAAGAGUUUAAGGAAUGCUUUAACUUUCACGCACGCCUGGAUUAUAUUACACGAGAAGGUGAUCUUUCCAUCAUAAUGCGGUCACUUGGAUACAGUCCAACAAGGGAAGAAAUAGCCAGCUACUAUGCAAAAUAUGCCACUAGUGAUGGAAGGAUAGACUUUGCUAUCUUUCUUGACAUCAUGCACUCUCAUUCACGUGUUGAGAACUGCCAGAAGGAGCUUCUUGAUGCUCUGAUGGCCCAGGAUCGUAAUCACACUGGAUAUGUUAAUGCAGCUGACAUCCGACACAUUCUGACUAAUACUGGGGAGCAUCUCAGUCGGAAUGAAGUGGAUACCUUAUUCCGUGAAUCAGGCAUACCAACAAGUGGUCAGGUGAAGAUUACUGACUUCGUGCAAUCUGUGAUGACUCCAUCGCCAGAUUAUUGAAGAAAACAUCGAGAUUGCAAUUUCCAUGAUGACCUGUUCAGAAAAGUCAAAUAUAGUGCAAGUGUAAAAAAACAUUCAAUUACGUUGUCUUGAACUUGAUGAUGCCAUCAGAUGGACAAACGAGCCAGUUCUUUUUUUUAUAAAUGCGUGCUGAUUUGCUUUUUAAAACUUUAGGAAAUACGUUAUAUGCAAUGCAUCUGUACAUUCCAUAUUUUGUUCUGUUGACCAGUGUUAGCAAUGUUGGUGAGAAAAUAAUCUGCAAUAAUUUUCCUUGAAAGUCUUUACACCUUUUCAACUGUUCAUGAGGCUUUUUGGAGAGGCACUUUAGUGGGGAUUGUUUUUCCCCUUGAUAUAUUCUUGUUUUUAUGUGAUCAUUUUUCAUUUAAAAUAUGUUAAAAUAUGUUGAAUUUCCUAAGAGAAGUGCAGGAUAAAAUGCAAGCAGUUUAUAAACAAUUGUAGUUUGCAGCAGAA